AUCGUCGCCAUUUUGAAGUGGAGUGGUUACCGCAGAGAAGAAGGAGGGCGAGAGAACCGGGAUUACUGCUAUGAAGGUUUUCAGUUAGCAAGAGGAGAGCAUUCACAAGGAAGAUGCAAGUACUAAACUGACAGUUGUUCCGAUGAACAGUGCUGUGCUCUGGCACAUGGGAACAUCAGCAAUAAUCACCUGUAAUAAUAGAGCAGGAGAGCAGCUAACAGGAGUGCUGGAGUCGGCAAAACGAAAAAUUGUCUCUGAACCCUUUCCCUUUAAAACCAUCUGUUACACUGGCAAGAACUUGGUAUUAUGGAAGAAGGCAGUAACAUCAUUGCCCUAAUCUCAAAUCUGAGGGAGCAGGAAGCCGUCCUGAUUUCCGAAGCCAUCGUAAGCUCAUCCACAGAGAACGCCGAUGACCCAUUAAAGGGUAAACCUGAUCCCCUCAUCCAGGUCAUUCAAAAGCUCAGCAAAAUUGUCAAAAGCGAAAAGUCGCAGAAAUGCGUUUUGAUCGGGGGGAAACGCUUGUACCCCGACACCCCCAGCCUUCCAGAGGCCCCACCCAAAGCCCUGGAAUUGCCUGCUCUGGGCACCAUCAACAUAGAAGACUAUUACACGAUGGACGACCCUCCGCAGAGCAAGCGGAAGGUCCUUUGCUAUGAGUGCAGCCUCUGCAAGUCGGUGUCGCCCACUCUUCCCCUCUUACAGGAGCACAUCAAGCAACACGGUCAGCAGAACGAAGUCAUGCUCAUGUGCUCAGUCUGCAGUUUCACCACCCGGAGCGUAGAAGAUUUUGAAAGUCACAUUCGAAGUCACCCGGAGAACAGCAGCAAAAUCCACGCCCUGUUGAAGGAAGAGCAUUGCAUCGGCCCUUCGGGCACCGCUUUGCCUGGGCCAGUAGAAAAAGUCAUCAUCGGCAGCGAUCAUGAGAUGCCACCUCCCCAAGGGCCUGAGAAAGGGAGGCGGAAAUGGUACACUUACGAGCAAUACGGCAUGUACCGAUGCUUGAUUUGCAGCUACACGUGUGGACAGCAACGAAUGUUGAAAACGCACGCUUGGAAGCAUGCGGGCGAGGUGAAUUGCUCCUAUCCCAUAUUCGAGGAAGAAAAAGAGCAGGCCACCUUGCCGGAUUCUGCCAUGUUGGAUACCGUCGUCCUGUCCCUAGAUAAUAACGAGCCAGGGCUCUGCAAUAACCAGCCCGUACAACUUCGCAUUUGCAGCCCCGAGCCGGUGGCUUUCAAAACUGAAUCGCCCAUCAAAGAAGAACCAUCCCUCGGUCAGCCAGCUGCGCUUUCCCCUGCAGACCAAUUAUCAGAGGAGAAGGCGUCGCAUGAAGAUCUUGAGGCGGAUCACUUGGGGGCUGACAGCUUGCUUUCUUCGGCCCAGAAAAUCGUCCACUGCAGCCCGAACAAAAAGGGCCAUGUUAACGUCAUUGUGGAGCGCCUGCCCAGUGCCGAAGAGCCUGUCUUGCAGAAUGACGUCAUGGAUAAUGUCUUGCAUUACUCCGUGGGCGCCGCCCCCGAACACCCGCCGGCUGGGCGGGAUGUGUCGGAUGACGUUUAUCACAUGGAUAAGAAUUCGAUUGAAAUCGAAGAAGUUAUCAUUGGGUGGAGCAGCACGGAAAAGGCCGAAGAUAACACGAAUCCCAGCCGGGUUAAAACGGCCGACGAAAAUGCUCCACCUGCCCGGAGGAGAACCAAUUCAGAGUCUUUGAGGCUGCACUCGCUCGCCGCCGAAGCCCUGGUUACAAUGCCAAUCCGAGCCGCGGAGCUUGCUCGAUCCAGCUUCCGGGCUUUCGCCGACGUAAACCCUUUAAGCUCGGAGGCUGGGCAGAGGCCUCCCGACGGUGGCUAUUUAGGCCAUUCUAAACGGAUCGCCUCCCUGAAGACGGAGGAACUGGGUAGCCUGAACCAAGAGGAAAGGGCUUUCGUGGAACUGCAGAAGGAGAAACCGGAGCUCCCCGAAGGCCCCAUUAAAAUGGGCAUCAGCAUGUCGCUGCUGACCGUGAUCGAGAAGUUGAAAGAGAGGACGGACCAGAAUGCCUCCGACGACGACAUUUUGAAGGAGCUGCAGGAUAACGUUCAGUGCCAACCGCCGGGGGAUGCCAGCGUGCUUGGGAGCAGUCUGGUGGAAUACAUCCCUGACGCGGAACGGCCCUUCCGGUGUCGCCUGUGCCACUACAGCAGCGGCAACAAAGGGUACAUCAAGCAGCAUUUGCGGGUCCAUCGGCAGAGGCAGCCUUACCAGUGCCCGAUUUGUGAGCAUGUGGCCGACCACAGCAAGGAUUUAGAAAGUCACAUGAUCAAUCACUGCAAAACCCGAAUGUACCAGUGCAAGCAGUGCGAGGAAUCCUUUCAUUACAAGAGCCAGCUGCGCAGUCACGAAAGAGAACAGCAUUGUCUCCCAGAUACAUAUGCAACCCCAACGUUUGACGGCUUAAUGGCUUGCAGUGAAGCAGAUGAAAGAGUUGGGGACAAGAUUUCAGUCCAGAAACUUUACCGUUGCGACAUUUGCGAUUACACAAGCACAACGUAUGUUGGUGUGAGGAAUCACAGACGGAUUCACAACUCGGAUAAGCCAUACAGAUGCCGCGUCUGUGACUUCGCCACCACAAGUAUGAAUAGCUUGAAGUGUCACAUGAGGCGCCACCCACAGGAGCAUCAGGCGGUGCAGUUAAUGGAGCAGUUCAAAUGUUCUCUCUGUGGAUAUGUAUGCAGCCACCCUCCUUCCCUGAAGUCUCAUAUGUGGAAACAUGCAAGUGACGAAAACUAUAAUUACGAACAAGUGAAUAAAGCUAUUAAUGAUGCAAUAUCACAAAGCGGCAGGCUACUGGGUCAGCUUACUGGGAAGAAAGUAACCAAAACUUUGGAAGGCGAUGCCAUUCCUUUCACCAGUAGCUCCGAAGGUUUGUCUCUUUCAAACUCUCCUAAAGCGACAGCGAACAAAAUAAUGAUUUCUGACCACCAUCAGGAUCAACCUUCUACAACCAAUACCUCAAGCAAUUCAGAGAAGGCCGCAGGCCUGUCCUACCUGGGCUCAGAAUACUGUGUUCUGCUCUUCUGCUGUUGUAUCUGUGGAUUUGAGUCCACCAGCAAAGAGAAUUUGUUGGACCACAUGAAAGAACACGAGGGGGAAAUCAUCAACAUCAUUCUGAACAAGGACCAUGCAGCAACUCCAAGUAUAAACUAAAUCAAUGUUUCUCCACCUUGGCAGCUUGGAAGAUGUGUGGACUUCCAAUUCCUAAAAUUCCCCAAUCAGCUCCCAGAAACCCCCAGCCACGCAUCUUCAAGUUGCCUAAGUGGAAAUACAUCGAGCUAGACAAAGUUCCCUUCGCUCUGGAUCUCCAACUUUGCCUGCAAGACUUGCUAAAUCAAAGAACUUAGGAAUAAGCAUGUAUGUGUAUGUACAUAUUUAUUUGCUCAAAGUGCUUUUCUUCAGCAAGUCUUUGUUCCUGCCUCCAUUCCGAAGCCUGUGUUAUCUGCAGAAGAGCAGAUUAUUUUACACGUUUUUGAAGAAACCCUGACAUGAUAAUGCUGCGUUUACAGUAAAAAAUAAUAAUAAUAAUAACCCAGAAGUUACCUUCUACCCACAGAACUAUUUUUAAUGCCUAUUAUUAACCCAAAUGAUAGUGGUGUAGAGAAUUCACCGUGAGGAAUUAACAAAAAAAGGGAUUUAACCUUUCUACCUAGAAAUGCAUCCAGAGGGCAUAAAAUCUGCUGCAGGUAAGUGUUAAAAGAAAACCAUCUUGAUACGACCGUAAAGCAGCCAUUUCUGAGGACAGAAGCCUUUGUUCUUAGGCUUCCUAUCACAACUAAUGGUUUUCCAGGCAAAACCUCUUUUGCUGCGUCAAGCGGCAUAAAAUAAGUUCUGCCUCCUGGUACAAUAUUUGGCCGCUUAAUUCUUUUCUUCGAUGUGAUAGAAAAGUAUGUCAUUGGACCCUCUUUAAGCAAAUUUUUUCUGUACUACCUGUACAUAGGUUAAGCAGAUAUUUAUUAGUAUUUCAUUUCAGUGUGCUUAAGCAUGGAUAAUUUUAGAAGGGCCACAAGAUACAAGAUAAAAGGUUAAUCCAACUCCGAAGUAGUGCAGUGAAAGGGAUCUGUCUAUUUCUCCCUCCAUUCCUCUUCCUCCCUCCCUCCCUCCCUCUCUCUCUCAUCAAAUAACAUUGCAAAAUCUCUAUACAAAAGUCCAUUGCAACUCUUAAGAGAGAAAAAAAAACCUGCUGGAUUUAGCACCUGAAAAUAAACAGGUCCUGUCCAGUCUCAGGCAGCUUUUAAUCUGACAGAGGGAUUGUUCCAUCAAAAUGAGACCGAAUGUUAAUUUCACUCCUUGCUGCUCCUUUCUCAUCUCUCUCAAAAAAAACCCCAACACCCCAGGAAGGUUAAAGGCAUCACAGAGCUCAGCUAAGAACACACAAUUUUGUGCGUUCUUAGCUGAGCUCUGCUGUUCUUUCUGGCACCUUGUGACAUUACACUGUUAGGAUUUGGCAGGUGUUACAACCUCUUUUGUCCCUUAGGCCAGAGUGGUCUCCAUUCUUGCCAACUUUAAAGACUUAUGGACUACAACUUCCAGAGUUCCUCAGCCAGCCAUGCUGGCCUGGGAAUUCUGGGAGUUGAAGUCCACAAGUCUUGAAAAUGGCCAAGUUUGAAGAUCCCUGUCUUACGCCAUGGAUUUCUUCCUCCAUCAAUGAUUUCUAUGCCAAUGACAGAAUCUCUUCUCAUUACUACAAAACCAAUGUUAUUCUUUGUAAGAAACAUAGCUGGGUGCUUCCUUUUAACAGUUCUCUCUCAGCUCAUGUCACGCCUCUACUGCAUUUCCUUUCACUCCAGUAGCUGAUUGCUUACAGUGCAGUUGAUAAGCAGUUUUGAAUUAUUUUGCAAGACUUGUGGGAUAUAUCCCUUCUCUAUUUAUUUAUCUAUUUAUAUUUGUAUUUUAGCAAAGUUAAAACCUCAACAGUUUUUACGGUGCUACUUGAGUUGGGUGUCUUUUUUCCCUGCCCUCGCCCCAAAGUGUGAAGUUAGGCAAAUGGAAAACUUGGUGUAAAUAAUUUUCAAGCUUUAAAUGCUGAAUGGGGAAUAGUUCUUGAAAGCAUUUCAUAUUACCCAAUGUAGGAUUUCUCCUUUUUGCAUUCUUUAAUACUGUAUGUUGUUUCUUUCUGAACUAUAUGCAGCCGUACCUUGAAAAGAGAGCGUUGUAGUAGUCUGGGGGUCCCCAAAUUUGGCGACUUUUAAGACUUGUGGACUUCCAACUCCCAGAAUUCCCCAACCACCAUGGCUGGCUGAGGAAUUCUGGGAAUUGAAGUCCAGAAGUCUUAAAAGUUGACAAGUUUGGAGGUCCCCGCAUAGUCCAAAUUUGAGAAGAACCUACCACCCAUCGUUAUCUGGCACCCGCUCUUGCCAAAAGAAAAUUCUGAUCUUUACCUUUUACUUUUAAAUGAGAUGCAAUCCACCACCAAACAAGUUACCCAUUUUUGAUUUACAGUAAUACGUCAGGUUAGGCUUACAGUUAGAUAGGAUGUAGAAUGUGGCUGUUUCCAAGUUUGUCCUUUAAGGCAGCUUUUCUCAGUCACAAUCACUUUUAAGCUGCAUGGAUUUGAAUUUAGGGGAUUCUGGGAGUUGAAGCCCAUGCAAAGUAGCUGAGGUGGAGAAACUUUUUUUUUAAGGAACAGAAGGGGUGUCCAACCUUGGCAACUAAGACUUGUGGACUUCAAGUCUUAAAAUUGUUAAGGUUGGACAUUCCUCAUCUAAUUAAAAAAAAUUUAAAAAUGCAUUUUUAAUUUCCCCUUUCAAGCCAUGGUAGCUGUCCUUUGUUUAUUUUCAUUCUUCACAAUAGAUCAUGCCUCUUUAGUACACUACAAUAAAAUUGUGAAAGUAUAAGCUUACAAUAUAUAACAGCAGUGAAGUUCCUACUGAAGUUAGCUAUUAAUUUUUAGGCAUGUUUUUUUUUUUAAAAAUGAACAAGGAAUAAAGAAGUGCAUUUUCUGUAUGUAAUCUUUAACUCGCACUGUUAAAUAACUCAGAGAUAUUUUUUUUUAAAGAAAUUAAGUGACUAGUCAGUACUAAAAGAGUGACAUUACCUUUAUUUGCACAAGAAGCCAACCUAUUUUAAACUGACAUUCUUCAGUCUGGAGCCUGAAAGGAGUUUAUUGAUCAUGUUACUUGCCUUGGGGGAGGGGGGAUGUUGAGAUGUACCUUAUUUGGAUAUAUUGAAUU